UCAUACGAAAUAUAAUGUCGUUCUUUGUUUUUGAAAACUGCGAAGGUAGCAGAAAAUAACAAACACCGUAUUUGUUUAGAAUUACCUACGUAAAACUAUUAUUUUUACUUGCGUACUUCUUAUCUAUACACGAUAGAAAUAAAGUAACUUUAGUCUCAGAAUCAGAACCAUGGACGAGGACGACUUGAAAAAGUUUUGUCCGAAUUGUUGUCAACUGUAUUUAAUGCAGUUCACAUCAUCGAAACUGAAAUGCAACUGGCCGUUAUUCCUGCCAUGUGGCCACUCUAUGUGUGAGAACUGUGUCAUUAGCGUCAUAAGAUGUGCAGAGCCACUGGAGUGUAAGGUCUGCUUCGUAAAUACAGAAGUCACAAACACGGAGGCUAAAGAUUUAUUGGGAAAUCAAUUGAAAUUGCAUCAAAAGUUUCCAAUCAAUGUUCACAUGGUUGGUGAACUAACAUUAAACUUUGUGAGGACUUCCGAAGUAAUCAAAAAGCAACCGGAAGAAGACCCUUUCCUUGAUUUAAAAACCAUAUUAAAAGAUGAGACUACUGAAGCUAAUUGUUUAGAGUGUCAUGAAACUACAUCUAAAAUGUGUAAGCAAUGUGACACGGUGAUGUGUGCAGCUUGCUUUAAAAGAUCACAUAUGAACUUUGUUAUUUCAAGAACCAUAAACUACAGUUAA